CAAGUCUUGUUGGUUGACUGGCUCCACUCUCGGAACAUUCCAAUUGUGUUCACUCAGAACUUUUCCAGGAGUGGUCAGCACCAUUGUGAUCACUGGGCCUUGGCAGGAGACAGAGGACGAGUGUCUGAGAGCACACCAACAAAGAUAAUCCAUCAAUGCACGUUUCAUGACACCACCGUGCUGCUGAGAGACAACAGGCUGCACUGUGUACUUCACAUGAAGAAACAAGAUACUCCAGCACAGGGAGCUGCUAACCACAAGGAGGCUCUGGUUUUUCAUCAUCCUCGGGCUUCAGCAUGAUUGCUGCUCCGUUGCUGGCUUACGCAGCAAUUUCGGUUCUCUGCAUCGUAAAAGUCAGCACCAUGGAUACUUUUAUUGCGGCUGUUUAUGAGCAUGCAGUGGUAAUGCCUAACAUCAGCCUAACUCCAGUGACCCAUGAAAAGGCAUUGGCAUUAAUGAAUCAAAAUCUGGAUCUUUUGGAGAGAGCCAUCUCCUCUGCGGCAAAGCAGGGUGCACAUAUUAUUGUGACUCCAGAAGAUGGGAUUUAUGGCUGGAGGUUCACAGCAAGGGAAGCUGUCUACCCAUACUUGGAAGAUAUCCCAGACCCUCAAGUGAACUGGAUUCCUUGUAAUGACCCCCACAGGUUUGACCGUACCCCAGUGCAAAACAGACUCAGCUGCUUGGCCAAGGACAACUCUAUCUAUGUUGUAGCAAAUAUUGGGGACAAGAAGCCAUGCAAUACCAGUGACCCCCAGUGCCCCCCUGAUGGCCGCUACCAGUACAACACCAAUGUGGUGUAUGAUUCUGAAGGAAAAUUGGUGGCACGUUAUCAUAAGCAAAACCUUUUCAUGAGUGAAAUUCAAUUCAAUUCACCGAAGAGGCCUGAAGUAGUGACUUUUGAUACCAAGUUUGGGAGGCUGGGCAUUUUCACAUGCUUUGAUAUACUUUUCCGUGAUCCUGCUGUUACCCUGGUGAAAGAUUUCCAUGUGGACACCAUACUGUUCCCGACGGCUUGGAUGAAUGUUUUGCCACAUUUAUCAGCUGUGGAAUUCCACUCAGCUUGGGCUAUGGGCAUGGGUGUCAAUUUUCUUGCAGCUAAUUUGCAUAACCCCCUGAUGAAGAUGACAGGAAGCGGCAUCUAUGCACCAGAUUCUCCAAAAGCGUUUCAUUAUGACAUGAAAACAGAGGAGGGAAAACUCCUCCUCUCCCAACUGGAUUCCCACCCUCAGCACCCUGUGGUGAAUUGGUCUUCUCAUGCUAGCAGUGUGAAAGCACACUCCUCAGGAAAUCAGGAAUUUACGGGCAUUGUCUUUUUUGAUGAAUACACCUUCGUGGAGCUUCUGGGAGCCACAGGAAAUUAUACAGUUUGCCACAGAGACCUCUGCUGUCAUCUGAGUUACAAGAUGUCUGAGAAGAGAUCAGAUGAGCUUUAUGUCCUAGGGGCAUUUGAUGGCCUGCACACUGUUGAAGGAACCUACUAUCUACAGAUUUGUACCCUGUUGAAGUGCAAAACAACUGACCCCAAUACAUGUGGUGACUCGGUGGAAACAGCGUCCACCAGGUUUGAGCGGUUCUCCCUCAGUGGUACGUUUGCAACCCAGUACGUCUUCCCGGAGGUGCUGUUGAGUGAAGUUCAGCUUGCACCUGGAGGAUUUCAGGUGUCAAGUGAUGGACAAUUGUCCAGCCUGAAGCCAUCAUCUGGCCCCGUCUUAACAGUAACUCUGUUUGGGAGGUGGUACGACAAGGACCAGACUUUAACUGCUUCAUCAGACCUUAUAGCACAAGCACAAAGUGUGCUAAUGUUAGUGCAAACAGUUAUCGCACACUUAUUAAUUUGGUGGAAUUAUUAAAUUUUAUAGCUUACCUUUAUUUUUCCUUUUUAGAUAAUAGAAGAUGGGUGCUGGAGAAAACAAGGUUUUGAUAAUCUUGGUGUCGAAUAAAAGUGAAUUCCCAGGCUCUCUCUUUCACACACACACACACACACACACACACACACACACACACACCCCUUUUAGUUCAAAGUGGAUAAAGAAUAGCAAAACUUAGAAAAACAAAAUCUAUAAAAGUAGAAUAGUAAUUAUGCUCACUUAGUGUUUCCCAUGAUAAUUUAAUAAGUUAAUAAAUUUAGAGUGCUUCGACAAGUCUCUGAUUACUGAAAAGCACUUCAUAUAUGUUAGCUGUUAUAAUAAAAUGUGACUAGCAGAAGAAAA